GAGAAGAAAGGAAGUUGUAGUCUUCAAUGGGGAGAUCCCCCUGCUGUGAUGAGAAUGGCCUCAAGAAGGGUCCCUGGACUCCUGAGGAAGACCACAAGCUGGUCCGGUACAUCCAGAAGCAUGGCCGUGGCAGCUGGAGAUCCCUCCCAAAGCUUGCAGGACUAAAUAGAUGUGGCAAGAGCUGCAGGCUAAGAUGGACUAACUACUUGAGGCCAGAUAUCAAGCGAGGCAGGUUCUCCGCAGAGGAAGAGCAGACCAUCCUCAACCUCCACUCCAUCCUCGGCAACAAGUGGUCGUCGAUUGCUUCCCACCUCCCGGGCCGGACUGACAACGAGAUCAAGAACUUCUGGAACACCCACCUCAAGAAGAAGCUGAUCCAGAUGGGUUUCGACCCGAUGACGCACCGCCCGAGGACCGACUUCUUCGCCACCCUUCAACAGCUCAUCGCCGUCGCUAACCUCCGCGAGCUCAUCGACGGCCGCCCUUGGGACGACCACGCUGCGCGGCUCCAGGCCGAGGCUGCCCAGGCUGCAAAGCUGCAGUACUUUUAUCGCCUCCAACAAUUAGCCACCGCCAUGGAGACCCCUUCGGUCCCUUCUCCGACUCCUUAUCGAGAUAUCGAUGGCCAGAAACGGGAUGACGACCCAUUGCCAGAGCUUCAGGUACCGUGCUUCUUCUUCGAUCAGCCUACAAGCAACGAGGCCAAGCAAUCUUCCAAUAUAAUUGGACUCAGCCUGGGAGACACCUCACCGGGACCGCCAUUCAUGCCACCUCUUCCUCCUCUCGCUGAUGUCUCGAUCGGCACCCUGCAGGGGGAUGCUCGUAGUGGGAACCCUCCUCCCUCCUGGCCGGAGAUAUUGUUCGACGACCCAUUCCUUGUAGCUUCUGUCGAUCUUUGAAAGUGCUUAAAGCGAUGCAUAUGCAUCAUAUAUGUAUUCCUGUAUGUACGCACACAUAAUGUCUA